AUGACGAACAAGAACCAUCCGACGUCGGUGCUUGAUAUCCAUACCCCUACUGCGUCAUUUAGCAUUGCCCAUUCGUUGCAAGAAGAUAGUCUACAGUUGUUGUUUGAUAGGCUAGGGGCCAAGGCUAAUGGUCUACAUGUAGGGCCCGGAAUGGUAAAGUACGGAUGGCAGGAUGGGCCUGUCUUUAACCUCGACGACGACGCAGACUAUUCGAUCCUCCUCUGGAAAGCAUCCUCCGCAAGCACAGACUCGACCACACUCCACGUUCCCACAUUACACCUCCAUGACCCGGCCACCUCUUUCCCUCCUGCCGGAGCAUACCGCAACCCCGCAUUCUAUGCCUUCAAACACCUCGACUUGCCGGAAAGCACGAUUGCGGGGAAGAAGAGUAAAAAGGGGAGCAGCAACAAGGCCAAGAGCGUGCGAAGCCAAAUGAGCGGCUCGAGCGACGGAUUGAUCAAGCACAAACGUGACUUUUUGAACUUUCAUGCUGAGAAUGGGGUUAGGACUGUGCAUGGAAAGAUUGGUCCUGUUGAUAAUGUUCGGAUGUUGUUGAAAAAGGGGUACAGACACGUCUAUGUAUCUCGCGCAUUUGCUAAACGACAUGGUUCAUUCCUCGCGAUGCCGUGCCUGGCUUGUACGGCUUCAACGGGCUCGUGCAUAUCGCGCACGUUUGCGGCCAAGAAAGCCGAGGGUACGGCGGCGUUUGUGACGUUUGUGACUGGCGGGUACCCGACCAAGGAUGCGACUGUCGAUCUUAUGCUCGCUAUGGAAGCUGGUGGAGCGGAUGUCAUCGAGCUCGGAAUGCCGUUUAGCGAUCCUAUUGCAGAUGGGCCUGCUAUCCAAGAUUCCAAUACCAUUGCACUGAACAAUGGAGUUGGGUAUGAAGAUUGCCUCAAUACGUCCGAGACGCUCGUGCCAAGGGACUUAAAGCCCCGGUUUUGCUCAUGGGUAUGUGGUUAUUAUAAUCCUAUCAUCGCGUAUGGAGAAGAAAAGGCUGUCAAGGAUGCGCACGAGGCCGGUGCCAAUGGGUUUAUCAUGGUCGAUCUGCCUCCCGAGGAAGCGAUCAAGUUUAGGGAAAUCUGUACCAAGGAAGAUAUUUCGUAUGUCCCUCUGAUCGCUCCGUCGACUUCGUUGGCUCGUAUCAAGUUCCUUGCAUCGAUCGCCGACACCUUCAUCUAUGUCGUCUCCAAGAUGGGAACAACGGGUUCUGCAGCAAACGUAGCAAUCAACACAUCGCUCCCAGCCAUCAUCUCCCGCAUCCGAGAACACACUCCCGUCCCACUCGCAGUCGGGUUUGGUGUCGCCACGCGCCAACAAUUUGAAACCGUUGCGGACGCAGGCGCGGACGGUGUAGUCGUCGGCAGCCGCCUCGUCUCGGUCAUUCGCGACGCAGGAUCCGACGCACCUCGAGCCGUUCAAUCCUACUGCGCCGAACUCACCGCCCAGGGCCAACCCCGUCAACUCCAGGCUCAGAGGCCCGCAUCGGCCGUCUCGCCCGCUCUGCCCGUGCCUGAAGCUGACCCUCUGAGCGCGGACGCGCUCAAAGUCACCGAGCCGACGGUGCUCCCGGCUCGGUUUGGUGCGUUUGGAGGGCAAUACGUUCCCGAGGCGUUGGUGGACUGUUUGGUCGAGCUCGAACAGGCGCAUAAAGCUGCGUUGGCCGAUCCUGAGUUUUGGAAAGAGUUCGAGGGGCUUUAUGGGUAUAUGAACCGUCCGAGCAAGUUAUAUCUCGCAGAGCGAUUGACGGAAGCGACGGGCGGUGCGAGAAUCUGGUUCAAGCGGGAGGAUUUGAAUCAUACCGGGUCGCAUAAGAUUAAUAAUGCGAUUGGGCAGAUUCUACUUGCUCGAAGAAUUGGCAAGAAGCGUAUUAUUGCCGAGACGGGUGCUGGACAGCAUGGUGUUGCUACUGCGACCGUAUGCGCUCGAUUCGGUAUGGAGUGUAUUGUGUAUAUGGGUGCCGAGGACGUCCGCCGCCAGGCCCUCAACGUGUUCCGUAUGCGCAUGCUCGGAGCUACAGUCGUUCCCGUUCACUCGGGCUCCAAGACACUCAAGGAUGCUAUCAAUGACGCUAUGCGCGACUGGGUCACCAACCUAUCUACCACGCACUACCUCGUCGGCUCUGCCAUCGGUCCACACCCCUUCCCAACUAUCGUGCGCGAUUUCCAGCGCAUCAUUGGCCGAGAAAUCAAAUCCCAAAUGGCCGAGAUAAAGGGCAAACUCCCAGACGUGGUUAUUGCCUGUGUUGGUGGUGGCUCCAACGCCAUUGGUACUUUCUACGAUUUCAUCAACGAGCCAGGUGUCCGACUCGUUGGAGUCGAAGCAGGCGGAGAGGGUGUUGAUACCAAACACCACAGCGCGACACUUUCGCUUGGUGUUCCGGGUGUAUUACACGGCGUUCGAACGUACUUGCUCCAGUCGGCGAGUGGUCAAAUUACCGAAACGCACUCGAUUAGCGCCGGUUUGGAUUAUCCAGGUGUUGGACCCGAGCAUGCUUGGUUGAAGGAUUCUGGAAGGGCAGAAUAUAUCGUCGCCACUGAUGAAGAAGCUUUGAGAGGGUUCAGAAUGUGUACCCAGCUAGAGGGUAUUAUCCCUGCACUCGAGUCUUCGCAUGCCGUCUGGGGAACAGUUCAAAUCGCCAAGACGCUCCCGAAAGAUCACGAUGUAGUCAUGUGUCUAUCUGGUCGUGGUGACAAGGACGUUGAACAGAUUUCCGAGCUGCUCCCUGGCAAAUGGGCUGAGAAGCUUGAUUGGCACAUCGCAUAA